AUGCAAAAUUAAGAGGCAAUAUAGAUAGACACUACUACUAAUUAGCAAUAAGAGCCUAUUCCAACUGAACCUUAGUCAUAAGAUACUAGAUUAGUUGGGGAGACUGGUCUUGGAUUCGUCAAGAGAGAUUAAGGCGUCAAAAAUGAGGAAGAAUUAGGACUUCUAAAGUUUAUGGUAGUCAAAAAUGAUAAAACUCUGGAAAAUAUGAGGCACCUGAUCGAUCUGAAGAACAUUAUAGCUAAAUAGCUUCCGAAAAUGCCCAGAAACUACAUAGUAAAAUUGAUAAUGGACAGACAGCACGAGGCAAUGAUUAUUGUGAGAUACCCUUAAGGAAAGAGACCACAAAUUAUAGGCGGGUGUGUCUUUAGACCAUUUAAAUCUCAGAGAUUCGCUGAAAUCGUCUUUCUCGCUAUUACGACCUCUGAGUAAGUGAGAGGAUUUGGAACUCGACUUAUGAACAGACUGAAAGCUCAUGCCUAAAAGGAGGGAAUCUAGUACUUCUUGACUUACGCUGAUAAUCUGGCGAUUGAGUUUUUCAAGAAAUAAGGUUUCAAUCAGAAAGGCCAAAUGCAUGAAGCUAGAUGGAAAGGCUACAUUAAGGAUUACAGUGGUAGUACUAUGAUGCAAUGCUAAAUUCACAGUGACAUCAGUUACGUUGAUUUAUCAGAUGAUCUCAAAAAGCAAAGAGAUAAAAUACUAGAUGAAAUAAACAGAAUCAUAUUUUUACAAAGAAAUGAAGGUUUGAGAUUUGACUAAGGAAAAGCUCAUUAUGAGUUUGAUGAAAUAUUUGGGCUUAAAGAAGCUGGGUGGACUCAGAAAGCUUAUGAACUUGCCAAGGCUGCUGAGGAAAGGACCUUUCAGGAACAGUGUCAGAAGAUCCUUAAGAUAUUAUGGGAUCAUGAAAAUUCUAGGGUCUUCAGAAAGCCUGUUGAUGCAAAGAAAGUAACUGAUUAUUAUUAGUUUAUCAAGGAGCCAAUGGAUUUGGAAAGAAUAUAAAAGAACUUGAAUGACAAUCAGUAUCAUACAGCCGAAUAGUUUAAGAAAGAUUUGAUCAAAAUUUUUGAUAAUGCUAGAACAUACAACACUUCUGAGACUAUCUACUAUAAGUAUGCUGAUUAGCUUCAAAACUUGGUAAAGCCUAUGCUCGACAGAAUGAAGGACAAUGCUACAAUUGAGAAAGAUCUCAAACUUUUGAAUUAGAUCCCCAAGGAGGCAAAUUAGGUAGGAGACAUAGAUGAUAUGGAAUUUGAGGAUAACCCUGAAAAUCAGAUGUCAGCUGAUAAAAUCAAGAAUAGCAUUAGUGAAAGCAAAAGUAACAAAAAGAGGAAGAGAUGA